AUGAGUAGAGAAAGUUGUUGGAGCCCCAACGGGAAUUCCUCCAACAAACAGAAGGGCGAGGUCAACUCACCGAAGGAUGCCAAAGCGAAAGACGGUGGUAACCAGUCUGGGGGUGGAGCGAGGAAAGUGGCGUCAGUACGGCAAGUCACAAAGGCGGAUAACAGUAUGGAACCCAGGCCACCGCGUCCUUACCUUAAGGAACUUGAUUUUACCGACGUUGUGUACAGUCCCCACACUCUCACGGCAUUGGUUGUGUUUAUAGUCUUUGUUCUUCUUAUGAUCCGCUACUACUACUACCCCGAUAUGAGUAUUGUGGCCAGUGUGAAACUUGGAUUGGCGGCGUCUGCAUUUUCCUUUGUGGUCUUUGGAGUUAUUCAUUUGCCAGACUCUGAGCUGGUGCGGCCACAUCCAUCUGUGUGGCGCGCUGUCUUGGCCCUCGCCGUAUUAUAUGUAGUCCUGUUGUCGUUUUUGCUGUUUCAGAACUUGUCAACAGUGCGUGCCAUUAUGGGCUUCUACGACCCUUUGCUGCUGAAGGCACUGCCGGAGGGUCAGUAUGCGGUAGACUGCCGCAUUUCCACCCCAAGUGAGCCUUAUUUGUUUUUUUACACGGCCUUUGACGUCUUUAUUAUUGCUCAUGCCCUUGGCUACUUUGUGAAAACACUGAUUCUUCGCGAUUGGCGUCUCGCAACGUGUGUGUCCAUUGGAUUUGAGAUCCUUGAAAUUUCCUUUCAACAUGUGCUGCCAAACUUCAGGGAGUGUUGGUGGGACCAUCUGCUGCUGGACGUGCUUCUCUGCAACGGUGGGGGGACGUUGCUGGGGAUGUUUAUGCUGCGUCGACUGCAAGCAAAGAAGUACCACUGGGUCGCGCUGCAGAACAUCAAGGGGUACAAGGGAAAGACGCAGCGCAUUCUCGGCCAGUUUGGCCCUCGCAGCUUUGAAGCCUACGAAUGGAAUGUGUUUCAUGACCCAAAAAGGUUUGUGCAGUUUCUCAUGGUAUUGAUGUUUAUGCUUCUGGAGGAGUUGAACUGCUUUACGAUGAAGCACAUUCUGCAUAUGUCACCAAAGUACCAUCUUGUCACACUGCGGCUUGCGCUUUGGAGCCUCAUGGCGAUGCCGGGAAUACGCGAAAUUUACACCUACAUUAGCGCUGAGAACACCAAGACGGCGCGGAUGGGCGCAACGGCGUGGGUGUCGAUAUCUGCACUGUUGCUUGAGACGAUUUGGAUUGCCAAGUUGGCCAUGGAAGGUGGUUACUUUUUGCAACCCAUGCCAAGUCACAUUGCGAUCCCUUGGACGUUUGCCCUCCUCCUUUUCGCGGUGUGGUUUGCAUUGUUUUUUGGUGUCGUCUCACUGCGACAGCGACAGGAGAGGUGUGGGGUGUGGUACGCUGUGUCGAAUCUUUUCUUUUACGCCGGCUGCGGCUGCGUUCUGGCGCUGACUUUGAUGGGCUUGCCUGACCUGCAGGUUGGCAGGCAAUCUUUUGAACGCUUCGUGGCACCGUAUGAGUCGCGGAUCUUGUUUUGGCGUCAGUGA